UCAAAGAUGGACCAGCAAACAGCAAACAAGCUCUUCAAAGAAUACGGAUGUAUCCUCCUACUCAACUUCCCCGCUCAGUUCGACUUCAACAUUGACAAUCAAGUCUGGGUGACCAACGACAAGUUCAUGGGGCUGAAGCUGGUUCCGCCUGGAGGGCACUAUGUGCACUUCUCUGAGAAGAAGUCACAGAUAGGAGAAAAAUUUGGAUUCUUUCAUUAUUUCAACAAAUCCGAAGUUGUUGUUAAAACCUGGAAUAAUCAACAUGAAUGCUUUGAAGGCCUCCCAGAAGGAGAAGAACUCGCCUACAUUGAAGGUGUGAGAAAUUACGCUUUUGACCAGAACUUAGGUGCUUACUCUCAGGUAGAAUACUCUCAAUGGAAAUGUUUGAGCAACUACCUAACAAAAGAAGUCAUCUCAAGAUUAGAGCCAAUAGCUAAAUCAGGAAAUAUGAAAAAGAGAAUCAGAGACCAAGAAGAGCAAAAAGAUGAGAAGAAAGACAACCAAAAAGAUGCUGAUAAGGACUCUGAAGAUGAAGAGAAAAUUGUUACAGAAAAAUCUGACCUAAAAUUUGAAACUAUGAUGAAAAAUAACUCGAAAAUGGAUAAAAUUGAAGGAGAUUUUGAUGAAAAUAUAAUAAAGAGUCUUGAAAAAGAGCUCAAAAAAGAAGAUGAGAGGAUGGAAAAAGCCAUGAAAUAUAUGUAUGAGUACAAAGAAGCAUAUGGCAAUGUCUAUUACACAGAUAUUCCCAUCAGAAAGCUACUCCAUGGGUUCACUAAGGAGCAGAUAACAAGGUCAAAUUUUGAUAAGAGUGUAAUCUUGAAUGAAUUAGAGCAGAAAUACAAAAAGGAGUAUAAUAAUUCAGAAGAAGGCUUUUACAAAUCCUUCCUUGGAGAACUUCAAUUCGCAUUUAUACUCUUCUACCUUGGCCAGAAUUAUGAAGGAUUUGAGCAAUGGAAGAAAAUAAUCUGCUUGGUUUGCCAUUGUGACGAAGCAAUUUCAACUAAUAAAGAGUUCUUUACAGACCUAAUUCCUGUUAUCUAUGAGCAGUUAGACCAACUUCCAAAUGAUUUCUUUGAUUUUCAAAAUCAAGGUGGGGCAUAUUUGGAACCGAACAGCAGGAAGAAAGGGUCAGAGCUAAAGAAUAACUUCAUCAUAGAAUCCUUAAAUUCCUUCUAUGAGAUUUGUAUAUCAGAGCCGAUUGAGGGAAGGAAGGUAUCUAAAAAGAUAAAAUCCCGUGUUAAAAAGUUAAGGGCUUUGAUGAGUGAGAAAUUUGAUAUAAACGUAACCACUGAAGAUGAAAGACUGACUCACCUUCUUUCUAAGAGUAAAGAUCUCUGAGCUCUAUCUCAAAUCCAGGAGGCUGAUGGUACAUUGGUAGAGAGGGAGCAGCAAGUCAGCAGAAGACUGGCUGAUAAUAACGAGGAAGAGCAAAUGAGUGACAAUAUUGAGAUGGAUAAUGAUAAUACCUAUGAUAACGAAGAGAAUCAGGCUUUAAACAGAGUAACUAGCAAAGAUAUUGAAAUACUAAGAAGGCAAUUUGAAGAAGAAGAUGAUGAAUAUCUUCCUUCUAUAGUAGACCUAAAUGAAAAGUUAAUCAGCUUCAAUUAAUUUGAUAAUUGCAG